AUGCACGCCACAAAUAACCUGAGCGAUGACUUCCCUGCAGGACAAGAGCUGCCCAUCAUAUUGCAGGAUUAUCACAAUGUUGCGGGGCGCUCGCGCUGCCCAGCGCUCACACCUGGGGGAGCGGCGCAGCCUGCGCGCCCCACCCGCCCCCGCGCGCCAACCGGCCCCGCCAAUUCCCCAUUGGCCGCUCGGCCGCGCUCGCGCCCGGCAACCGCAGCCCCAUUGGUGCGGCCCCGCCCCCGCCGCCGCGCCAUUGGCCGGCGGGGCUGUCCGUCAAGGAGCCGGGCGGCCCCGCCCCUCGGCGGGCGGGGGAGCGGCCGCGGCGCCGCGCGGGAGCAGGGCCGGGGUGGGCGCGGGGCAUCGCGGGGCCGGGGCUCGGCCCUGCCCUCACGGCACGGCCGGGCUCGGAACACGGCCCGGCCCUCGGGGCGCUGUCGCUGCGCGCUCGGCAGGAGCGGCAGGGACCAUUGUGUCACCUCCCGGGAUGGGUGCGCGCUCCCGCCCUGCCGGCCCGCAGCGCUGAGCCCCGCGCAGCGCUUCGAGGGGUCUCUGCGCUCGGGGAACUCGCCGGUGCCUCGCCCAGCUGCCCGCGGGGGGAUCCGGGCCCAGCUGGUGUCCCAAGGGCUGUGGCAGCGGGCCCGCCUGGUGCAGCGCAGCCAGGGGAUGCUGGCACGCGAUCCGCGUGGGUUUGUCCAACCUGACCUUCUCGCCGUUUGCAGGGCUUUCUCCAAGACAGAUUCUAACCUGACAGCCAGUUCAUUAAAAUAAAGUGGACACAGAAUCACAGCCUGCUUGGGAUGAGAGUAUUCAAGUU